AUUUUGCAGAUCGUUUGCAAAAGUAGCAAUAAAUUUAUAAGUUUUUUUUCGCAGAGAGCGUGUUUCGCUUUUUUGUAAAAUUUUCAAGCAGAACUACAAGUUUCUAAAAAUGGGAUGUUCAGCCAGCGUGCCUAAAUCAAAGUUUGAAAAAAACAGCUCAACCGUUAAAGAAAUCAAUAUUGAUGCAAAUACACAACGCGACAGUGUUGACACGAAGGCACAACAACCUUUAAAAAUAAACUGCGCUAAUUUGGAAACAGAAUCUCUAAAACUAAAAGAAGAAAUAAAUGAUCAAAAAUGUUAUGUUGAUAUUGAAAAAGAAAAUAACGAAGUACAAGUCUUUAAUGAAAAUGUUAUCUCUAAUAAAUCCUUUGAUAACGGAGAACCUUCCAUUAAAGAACAAUGUCAUAAUGGAAGUCACGAUACAUUGAACGAUGAAGGAGAUGUAUUGAGUAAUAAUUCAGCUGAGUUAACACCAAACAAUUGUUUUAUAGAAUCUACUUUAGUUGAGACUUGUAAUAACGAUUCUUCCCCAGUAGAAAAUAAUUUUUGUAACAACGAAUCUUUACCAGUUGAAAAUGACUCUUGUAACAACGAGUCUUCAACAGUUGAGACCUGUAAUAACGAAUCUUCAACUGUUGAGAAUAAUUCUUGCAACAAUGAUAAUAAUGAAGAUUUAGAAAUAAUAACCUGUCAAAAUGAAGAAAUCCAGCAAACUGAAAUGGUUCCAAGCGAAGAGACAAAUGAGCAAUUAGUUGAAACGUGUUAUAAUAGCAUAGAACAGUAACAGUUUUAACAAAAUAUAUACACGUUUAAUAUU